AUGAGAGGGGCAAACCAGUCAAGUGUCUCCGAGUUCCUCCUCCUGGGGCUCUCCAGGCAGCCCCAGCAGCAGCAGCUCCUCUUCAUGCUCUUCCUGAGCAUGUACCUGGCCACAGUCCUGGGAAACCUGCUCAUCCUCCUGGCCAUCAGCAUGGACUCCCGCCUGCAUACUCCCAUGUACUUCUUCCUUAGCAACCUGUCCUUUGUGGACGUCUGCUUCUCCUCUACCACUGUCCCCAAGACGCUGGCCAACCACAUACUUGGGAGUGAGACCAUCUCCUUCUCUGGGUGUCUCACACAGAUGUAUUUUGUUUUCAUGUUCGUGGAUAUGGACAAUUUCCUCCUGGCUGUGAUGGCCUAUGACCGCUUUGUUGCUGUGUGCCAUCCCUUACACUACUUAACAAAGAUGACCCCCCAGCUCUGUGCCCUGCUGGUUUCUGGGUCAUGGGUCAUUGCCAACCUGGAUGUCUUAUUGCAUACCCUGCUGAUGGCUCGACUCUCAUUCUGUGCAGACAAUGCCAUCCCCCACUUCUUCUGUGAUGCGACCCCCCUCCUGAAACUCUCCUGUUCUGACAUCUACCUCAAUGAGAUGAUGAUUCUUAUUGAAGCAGGGCUGAUAAUGAUUGCUCCAUUUGUUUGCAUCCUGGUAUCAUAUAUCCUUAUCACUUGUGCUGUCUGGAGAGUCCCAUCCACAAAGGGAAGGUGGAAAGCCUUCUCCACCUGUGGCUCCCACCUGGCUGUGGUUUUCCUCUUCUAUGGCACCAUCAUAUUUCUGUAUUUCAACCCUUUAUUCUCCCACUCUGCUGAGACAGAUAUAGCAGCUGCUGUGAUGUUCACAGUGGUGACCCCCAUGCUGAACCCCUUCAUCUACAGUCUGAGAAACAAAGACAUAAGGGGGGCUCUUGGAAAAGUGGUUGCUAUGAAAUUUUUUCUACUCAACAAUGAAAUGGGCUAA